AAUAACUCCAUCUCCAUGGACACCACACCACACCACACCACGCGCUCGCCUAUUAAUACCCCGGAUGCUCACCUCCAUGGCCGCAAACCAACAGCUGCCGCUUCUUGCAACCAUCCAUCCAUCUCUCAUCAUCUUCUUCUUCUUGUUGUUGCAACGAAACGAGCGUCUAGCCAGCUAAAGAUUCCAAGGAUGGCCGUUCUUGUGGCGAGGCAGGGGCGCGAGCUGCAGCGGUACAGCGCGAGCACCGGCGGGCGCAUCGUGGUGGGGUGCAUCCCGUACCGGGUGCGCGAGGGGGAAGGCGAGGGCGAGCUGGAGGUGCUGGUGAUCAGCUCGCAGAAGGGGCACGGCAUGAUGUUCCCCAAGGGCGGGUGGGAGCUGGACGAGUCCAUGGACGACGCGGCCCGGCGCGAGGCCCUCGAGGAGGCCGGCGUCAGCGGGGACAUGGGCAAGGUGCUCGGCUGCUGGCACUACCAGAGCCGCCGCUACCAGACCACCUACGAGGGCAUCAUGUACCCCCUCCGCGUCACCCACGAGCUCCAGCAGUGGCCCGAGAUGGCCUCCCGCAACCGCACCUGGGCAACGGUGCAGCAGGUCAUGGAAGGAUGCCAGCACUGCUGGAUGCGGGAGGCGCUCGAGGAGCUCGUCUCCCGGCACGCCAAGCCGCAGUCCGCCCUGUGAACGACCGAGCAAGCUGCAGGCGGGUGGGGGCUCGAGCGCGCGCGGCUCUCGCAAGAAAAAGGCCGGGAGCGAGCACCAUCGUCCUCGUCGUCUCUCUCUCUCUCCUUUCCUCGGUGCAGCGGCAGGCCUGCCGGCGUGUCCGGUCUCGUACGACGACCGGAUCGGAGCAUAUACUUGGCCGCCCUCACCGGAGCACGAGCGCGUGGACGCUUUCUUGCGGCGCAGAGUCGUCGUCGUCGCGGCAAAUAAUGGGGACGAACUUAGAUAAUGUGUGAGGUACUAGUAGAGAUCGAACUCGAACGGGGCACGAAAACUUGACAAAAACACUGCCGAACGAACAGGCUCACGAUUCUUUCUUUGCUUAGGGUCUGGGAGUGAAAGAUGAAUCAAACUGUAAAUUAUUUCUAGUGAAACCGCUUCUUGGUGGCACGAUCGAUCAAUCAAUCAAAUGAGUACUGCUACUA